ACGGUACAAACUUUGCGCGAAGCCUGAAGUUGUUCCAGUUGCUGACGCUAGGAGCUGUCCGCGGUGCUGAAACGGCUCGACUCAGUCUGAGAGGUGCUGACAGAAAUUGAACAUUCUCUGGCUCUCCUCCGUUCACAAUUACAAAUCUGAUCAGAGCUCCCAUUCUCGCGAAGCGUCCUCGUUCCUCACAACGCGUGCGGCGGAGGUCUCACGGAACGUUCGCGUCCUGCUCUUCUUUAAUUAUUCGGAAAGUGUUUUAAUACAAGGACAUAUUCUCUGAUAGGAACCCACUGCCGCGAGCAUGAACUCGACAAGAAAUUACAAACCAAACAUGGUCAUUCUGAUCCUGGCUGUUUAUGCUGGCGUGUGGAUGGCACGAGGGCAAGGUUCUUUUAUGGACAGGAGGUUAGCAGUCACCCAAAGAGGAGGUCAGCUAGAAGCAGAGGAUGGGUCCAAUCCAUAUCACACCACACAGGACACGGACAGAGACCUGCCCCUGUUCACGACAGCUCCCCCUUACAGCGGCCUCGACCACCAUCCGCCUUUUAAGCCCUACCCGCCUUACGACCCCCGGGGCCAAAGCCACGAGCAGUAUUUUCAAGACAGUGGAGGGGCAGCUCACCAUCCCACAAUGCCAUCGUCUAGUUCCCAUCUCCUCCAGGAUCUGUCCACACAGCUGGUCCCACAUGAGGACGCGCUUCCUUUCUCUGAUGUAGCAGCUCCCAGAACCACCACACUGGCUCCAUCGGCUGCCGCCCUCACCCAGCCGCACGUGUUCAACAUCCAACACAAACCUUCAGCACAAACACAUAAGAGAAGCACAGAGGAACCACCUGUGUCUAUGACUGUAGCUUCACUGACCACCACUGACGCGCACACAUCUGCACCGCCUGCUUCUAAACAGUCAGAUAGAGGAGAUGUCACACCAACUUUAAACAAUAAGCCCAAAGAUACAACAAUCCCAGCGAAAAGAGACAAAGAAAAAUCCUCAGUACUCAAGGUAGAACAUGGUACUUCAGGAAGUGAUGUUGCUGUAAAAGCAUCAUCGGCGUCUGGGGAUCUGGAUGACGAGACCACCACCUCCACCAUCAUCACCACAACGGUUAUUACGACCAUGCAAACGCCAGCUCCGUGCAGCACCAAUUUCACAUCGCCGGGAGGCUACAUAGAGACACCGCAGCAAGCCAGGAGCUGGUACAAUACGGAUGUGGACUGCACAUACACCGUGACAGUCUACAUGGGCUAUGGGGUGGAAAUUCAGGUGAUGAACGUGAGCCUGGGAGAGGGCGACGUGGUCAGAUUUGAAGACCUGGGCGGCCGGGAACCGUCUGUGCUGGCCAACGAGUCCAUCUUGCUGAAAGGUCUGGUGGUGCGCAGCUGGAGCAACCAAAUCUCCAUCCACUUCCGCAGCCGACAGCCGCAGUCCAGCUCCUUGCUGCUGCGUUACCAAGCAUUUGUGUUAAGUUGCAACUUCCCUGAUAGACCAGCAUAUGGGGAUGUGUCGGUUACCAGCCUGCAUGCAGGGGGAGAGGCCUAUUUCUACUGCUUCAAUGGGUACCAACUCCAGGGUCCCUCCACCCUCACGUGCCGCAAUGCCACCACACCCUACUGGAGCGGCAAAGUGCCACGCUGUCUUGUGUCCUGCGGAGGAAUGCUGAAGAACGCGACUCUCGGCCGCAUCGUGUCUCCUGGCUUCCCUGGCAACUACAGCAACAACCUGACCUGCCAUUGGGUGCUGGAGGCCCCUGAGGGUCAACGGCUGCACGUGCACUUCGAGAAGGUGGCUCUCGCGGAAGACGACGACAGGUUUCUGAUUAAAAACGGCAACCACAUUGAUUCGCCGAUUUUGUACGAUUCAUACGAGGUGGAGUACCUUCCAAACGAGGGAAUCGUUAGUUCCACCAGACAUCUCUUUGUGGAGUUUACGACGGAUGGUUUCGGGACCAACACAGGAGUAGCCAUCAGAUAUGAAGCUUUUGCAGCAGGGCACUGCUACGAGCCAUUCGUCAAGUACGGCAACUUCACCACCACUGACAGCACCUACGCUGUGGGCACGGUUGUGGAGUUCACCUGUGACCCCGGAUACACCCUGGAGCAGGGCUCUGUUAUCAUCGAGUGCAUGGAUCCCAGCAACCCUCAAUGGAAUGAGACUGAGCCCGCCUGCAGAGCGGUUUGCAGUGGAGAGAUCACGGAUUCAGCUGGGGUGGUGCUGUCUCCAAACUGGCCUGAGGCCUAUGAUAAGGGUCAGGACUGCAUCUGGGGGAUCCAUGUUGAAGAAGACAAGAGGAUCAUGCUGGACAUCCAAGUUCUCCACAUGGGAAAGAACGACCUGCUGACUUUUUACGAUGGAGAUGACCUGACUGCAAAGAUCCUGGGCCAGUACAGCGGCUCCCGUCCUCGCUUCAAACUCUACACCUCCAUGGCUGAUGUGACCAUCCAGUUCCAGUCGGACCCUGCUACCAACAUUUACGGCUACAACAACGGCUUUGUGGUGCACUUUUUCGAGGUUCCCCGUAACGACACCUGUCCAGAGCUUCCGGAAAUCUCCAACGGCUGGAAGACCACAUCUCACCCUGACCUGGUACACGGCACGGUAGUGACCUAUCAGUGUUACCCAGGCUUUGAGGUGGUGGGCACCGAAAUGCUCAUGUGUCAGUGGGACCUGACCUGGAGCGGAGACUUGCCUAGCUGUGAAAGAGUUCUGUCAUGCCCGGACCCAGGCACUGUGGAGCACAGUCGUAGGGUGAUGUCAGGCCCGCGUCUCAUCGUGGGCUCUACUGUCCAGUACAUCUGUAACAAAGGCUACUCGCUGUCAGGAAACAGCCUUCUCUCCUGCUACCACCGUGACUCCACCGGCCCCAAAUGGAGCGAGAAGCUGCCCAAAUGCAUUCCUGAUUCGUACGAGCCGUGUAGGAACCCCGGCACUCCUCCCUAUACCAUUCAGAGCUCGGAGAAGCAUGUGUAUCAGGCUGGAGAAACUGUGCGCUUCUCCUGCAUGAGUGGAUAUGAGCUGCAGGGUGAACCUGUUCUCCGCUGUGUCCCCGGGCAUCCUUCCAAAUGGAGCCAUCCACCCCCGCUGUGCAAAGCGGUAACACUGGAGUACGUAGAUGAACGCAGACUGGAUGUGGCCAGUGCAGACUUCAGUAUGGAGGGAGCCAGUGUGGCCGUAUCCAUUUUUAUCCCAGUGGCCGUAAUCAUAAUUAUCAUCAUGUCAAUAUAUUUCUACUUUUCAAGGGUGCAAGGCAAGUCUCUACGACUCUCCAUGUCCACAUCGCCACAGUACGAUCACAUCAGAGGAGAGUCAGCUUUUGAAAACCCCAUCUACGAGACUGCAAACAAUGAGGUGAGAUUUUGACUGUCAAUACUUUUACACUCAUGCAUGCUCUUGUCCUCCAGCCUCCUGCGUCUAGCAUGCAUUACAGACUGCAGGUUAUUCACACUUCUUAUGUGCUGUGCUAGUGUCCCUCUAGAUCUCUCUAUGUGUGGUAUAGCACUCAUAACACAGUCCCAGCAGCACUCACUGCCUGCAUAUACUAAACCGUUCGAUAACAGUUUCUAGCCUCCAGGGCAAAGUCUGCGUUUGACUGUACAUAUGUGUGUGUGGCUGGACAGAUGAUUGUCUGUGUACUGUAUAUGUUUGUGCAUGUGUGUGUGUGGCGGUUCUUCUUACACUAAUGCCCUGAAGUGGUGUACUAGCAUUAUGUGAAGAUGAUGCAAACACAAGCAUCUCUCUCGAGUGUGAAGAAAGACAUAACAAGUGUGGGUUUACGAAAGACGACUGUGAUUACAAAAAGCAGAACCGAUCAAUAUUGCAUUUUGGAUAUUUCAUUUCAGGAUUCGAAAGGUUUUUAUUUCAUAUGCGUUAUUGAUUUAGCAUGCUGUUUAUUUUUUAAACAUCAAAAGGAUUUUUAAUACUCAUUUAAUAAUCUGCAUUGUGUUUAUUUGUGAUAACAUCACAGUAUCACUUCAUAAAUCACACAUUGUUUUUCCUCCAAUUUUCAUUAUGUUUCCAUUGCUGAUUAUUUUUACGUUUUUUCAUGCUUAAGUUGCAUGGUAUUUUUGAUUUGUACAGAGACCUAUGAUUCAAAGCAGCCACCAGAGGUACUCUCUAGGAUUCUGUUGUAAAGAAAGAGCCUGUAAGGAGAGUUGAUCAAUGGAAUAGCAUCACAUGGACAAGGCCGAGAAGGAUACGAGAGAAUACGAAGUCUCCAUUUAAUAAAAACAAGGCUUGUUUUAGCAUGGAGGACCGCAAGCCUUUCUUUGCCUUGUGGAAGAUCUCUCAGUUCCUUUCACAUCUUGUGUAGCCAACUCUGCUCUUAAAUCACGCCUACCUUCUCAUCUUUUCCCAUCUGCUGUAAAUAUCACCUUGCUUCUGAGGACUUCCGCAAGUGAAGAGUGUGGACAACAUGAUAUUAUUUUUGUAGAGCUUCAAUAGCCAUGGCCUAGCAGAAUUGCUUGUACAGUUUUUACCCGUAAUUGAGCCAAAUUAAGGAAUUCUUCAAAAAAAAAAAAAAAAGACUGAUACUAGGGGAGUCCAUGUUAUUUGGGCGAUUGAUGUCUCUCUAAACAGAUUUAUUCUUUUUUUUUUUUUUUUUGGUCGCACUUUUGCACUCACAAGCCCUCCUUCUUCCUCUCUAAAAAAUUAACAUGUGAAUGUACAUUGUGAGAUUUAAAUAAAUCACAAGUACUGGAAAUAGUUGCAGUUGUUUUGAACUGCCAUUCAAAAGUUUGGAGUCAGAGUGAAGUCUCAUAUCCACCUUAUUUUUCCUAUAAGAGCUGCCAUGGCCAUUUGUAAAUUUAAUGUGUCUGGCUUCCGGUCUCAUCCACGUCCAGCUAUUUUUAGCUGUACAAAACAGCUUGUUUUGCUGCUUGAUAUUGCAAACUGGUGUGCAUUAAUGUAUUAUCUUAAUUAUGAACACAAUGGUUUGCAAUGCAAACAGUUUUACGGUUGACUGCACAUUGUUAUUCUUCUUUUUAUUUCCCUACGGCGGCUUAUAAACAUCGAAAAAUAAGGUGGAUAUGGAAGCUUGUUUCCGCCACUGAAUAAAAAAAAAAAAAAGGUAAUUACGUUUUUUUAUCUUUUUAUCAAAAUUUUUACUUUUUUCUUAGAAUUGUGAGAUAAAAACUUGCAAUUGUGGGUCAUAAGACAGAAUUGUGAGAUAUAAACUCACAAUUUUAACUUUUUUACUCAGAAUUGUGAGUUAAUAUCUUGUAAUUGUGACUUUUUCCUUAAAAUUGAAAGUUUAUAUCUCAGAAUUGUAAAGUUUUUCUCAGAAUUGCGACUUAUAUCUCUCUGUAUCUAUAUUGUGGAUGUAUAUAUCUCGCAAUUCUGACUUUUUAACACAAUUGCGAGGUAUUAAGUCAGAUUUGGGAGAUAUAAACUUGCUAUUAAGAGAACAAGUUUAUUUUUUCCCUCAAAAUUGAAAUUUAUUGAUUGCAAUUGUGAGUUUAUUUCUGAGGAAUAAAGUCAAGUGUGUCAUAAAGUCAUAAUUGCGAGUUAUAAAGUCUAAAUUGCGAAAUAUAAACUCACAAUUCUGAGAAAUAAAGUCAAAAGUGCAAGAUAUCAACUCACAAUUCAGAUUUUUUUCUCAAAAAAUUGCAACUGUGGGUCAUAAGGACAGAAUUGUGAGAUAUAAACUCACAAUUUUGACAUUUUUACUCAGAAUUGCAAGUUUAUAUCUCAUAAUUAUGACGUUUUUCUCAGAAUUGCAAGUUUAUAUCUUGCAGUUCUGACUUUAUAACGCACAAUUGUCAGUUAUUAACAGAAUUGCAAGAUAUAAACUCGCAAUUGCAAGAAAAAAGUCAGAAUUGUGCAUUUACUAGAAAAAAAUUUAGAAUUGCGAGUUUUUAUCUUGCAAUUCUGACUUUUUUCUUGCAAAAAUUCUGAGAAAAAAAGUCAGAAUUGUACGUUUUUAUCUCACAAUUGUGACUUUAUAACUCGCAAUUGCAAGUUUAUAUCUCAAUUCUGAGGAAAAAAAGUCACACUAACCUUUUUUACUUUUUAUUCAGUAACGGAAACAGGCUUUCAAUGUCAAAACACAUUAAAAACAGUAACACUGUAAAAUAUUAUUACACUUUUUAUUUGAAUAUUUUUUUAAAUGUCAUUUAUUCUUGAAUUUUCAGCAACCAUAACUCCAGUCUUCAGUGUCACAUGAUCCUUUAGAAAUCAUUCUAAUAUGCUAGUCAGAUAAAUUAAGAAAAUUUUCCUUAUUAUUAUCAAUGCUGAAAACAGUUGUGCUGCUCAUAUUGUGGAAAGCAUGAUAAUUUUAUUCAGGAUUCUUUCAUGAAUAGAAUGUUGAAAAGAACAUUUAUUUAAAAUAUAAUUUUUCAACAAUAUGAAAGUUUUUACUGUCACUUUUGAGCAGUUUAGAGCAUCCUUUCUGAAUAAAACUAUUAAAAAAUAUUACAGACUUCAGACUUUUGAAUGUUAGUGUAUCUGUUCUUAUCUAAAUAAAUUAGACACAAAUGUAAUCAUAACAUUUUAAACCUGAACAGCAACCACUGAACAAUUAAACCUAUGCAUGGUUUACAGUUUACAGUUUUUUUUUUUUGUUUUGUUUUUUUUCCCACACCAUGAAAAAGAGAUGUGUUACUUACAAAAGUAGUGAUUAUAAACCUUCAAAUAACAUCUGCCAGUUUUAUGAAGUGUAGUGUUUUGCAUGGAAACUGGUACAUCUGUAUCCAGUAAUGUGAAGUGGAUCCCUGUUUCAUUGGGGUGAUCUCAAGCAUUUACGUUAACCUUAAUUAUGACUCGCCUGUGUGUAUAGUGUCAAACAAAAGACUGCUGGGGAAGUAGUCUCUAUCUGUGUUCAAUUUCAGCUUGGUUGAUUUAGCCAAAAGUUAAAAAUCUAUGUACAGAAUGUUCUUGUAAAUCAUCCCUCCUUCACUGAUCAAUUGGCUCUGAUUUUUUGGUUUCCGUUUAUUUUUGUAUGUUUUUAUACAUAUUAUGGAACAAAAUAACAACUGACUGUACUCUUUCAGCAGGCACUCUUAAUAUAUAAAUAUCUAAGAAUGUACAUAAAAUUUGUAUUAGAUAUGGCUUCAAUGUAUGUAUAUAUGAGGUUUAUCUAUUAUAGAAUAGAUCUUUGUUCAUCAUUUCACACUGUCUGUUAAUAUCAAUCUAAAACAGUUAUGUACUUGGUCCCCAUAUGAAUGUUGUCCGUAUUGAUUGAAAUAUUGUCAUUUCAAUGUAAUUAGCAAAAGCUGCCAAAAACAUCACAAUUGGUCACAUGACAGACUUGCAUCGUGAGUGUACGUUUCAGUGUUUCACUGUCUCUAACUAAACAACAGAGUUUUCAAUGGAAGUCAAGGAACUCUAAUGCAUUCGUUCAGAGCAACAUUAAUGGAUCUGAUAUAGUUAUAGGCUUACGUUCUUAUUAAAUUAUCCAAAGCAACUUGUCAAUGAGGUAUACAGCAUGAGCAGUAAUAUGAGAAGUGCUAUAACAGACAUUUACAGGAUAUUUCAGUAAAAGAGUAGUUUGAGUUUUUAUUUGUAUUUAUUUACACUACCAGUCAAAAGUUUUUGAACAGUAAGAUUUUUAAUGCUUUUUAAAGAAGUCUCUUCUGCUCACCAAGCCAGCAUUUAUUUGAUCCAAAGUACAGCAAAAACGGUACAAUUUUGAAAUGCUUUUACUAUUGAAAAUAACUGUUUUCUAUUUAAAUAUAUUUUAAAAUGUAAUCUAUUCCUGUGAUUUCAAAGCUGAAUUUUUAGAAUCAUUACUCCAGUCACGAUCCUUCAGAAAUCAUUCUAAUAUUCUGAUUCGCUGGUCAAAAACAGUUAUUUUAAUUGUUAAAUGAGUAGAAUUUUUUUUUUUUAAAAUUUUUCUUUGAUGAAUAGAAAGUUCAGAAGAACAGCAUUUGUUUGAUAUAGAAAUAUUUUGUAACAUUAUAAAUGUCUUUAUCAUCACUUUUGAUCAAUUUAAAGCAUUCUUGCUAAAUGAAAGUGUUCAUUUCUAUAAUGUCCUUCCCCAAAAAAUCAAAAAAAUUAUACUCCAAGCUUUUCAAUGGUAUAAUGUAAAAUGUUAUUAAAAAAAAAAAAAAUAAAAAAAUAAAUAUAUAUAUAUAUAUAUAUAUAUAUAUAUAUAUAUAUUAAUAUAUUCAAAUAGAAAAAAGUUGUUUUAAAUAAUAAAAAUAUUUCACAAUAUUACUGCCCUUGCUGUAAUUUGUAAAUAAAAUAAAUGUAGGCUCUGUGAGCAGAAAAGAAUUCUUAAAAAAAAAAAAAAAACAAUAAAAAUAUUACUAUUCAAAAACUUUUGACUGGUAGUGUAUGUGUUUAUUUUUUGAGGGAUUCAGUAUUCACAGAAGAAAUCUGUCGUAAAAGUUGUAAGGGACUUAAUCAUGAUUCAAAUUGUUUCUUUUUACUUCAUUGUACUGUACUGUAAUGAUUUACCACAACGUUGUCAAAGCAUAUCUUCAAUUAAAAAUGAUAUUCCAUCAA